AUGCGCUCUAUCUGUGCGGACGUGCAGUGUGACAAGGGCACCUCGAAGUAUCAGGUGCGUGUGAAGGGUGCGACUGAUUUCGUGGAUUGCCCACCCGGAAGCACUCUUGUGCUCUCGAAGUACGGUACAGAGUUUAACUCUGGCGCGAUCGAGUGUCCGCCAUAUGAGGAGGUGUGCAACAUAAACUAUUACCGAAGCGUGACCCAUCACAUCCCCGCAUCCGGUACGACUAACAUCGCGUACCACUUCACUUACACGCUUGUGGCGGCCCUGGCUGUUCUGAUUGUCCUUGCCGAAUGA